AUGUCCAGUAAUACCAGGCAGUCCCAUUGGCAGCAAAAUUCCAACAAAGAGGCUCUAGACAGGGAGGCUCUAGACAUGGAGGCUCCAGACAGGGAGGCUCAGAAAGUCAUCUCGGUCCGAAAGCGGCUGGGAGAUCUCUGCGAAUGGGAAACUAGGGCAUUCAAGCCCGCACUGACGUUAGUCGCCUCCGUUGAGCGUUUUCUGAACGAGUUUGCAGCAGAUGGAUUGUGUGACGAACAUUCAAUCUGUUGGAAAAUUCCUUUGAAGAGUUCGAAAGACAAGUCUGGGACAGUGGAGUUGAAGGUUUCCAAGGCGAGUGCAGGAUGGAGCAUCAAUGCUGGUGAAAUCGAGGCAAUAUUAUCGAUCUGGAUGGCUAAUCUCGACACCCACAACAAGAAACAAGCAAAGAAAGAUAAAGAUACAGAAUGGCAAAGAGCUAAGGCUGGUGUUGCGUUGGGACUUGAUUACUGCAGGCUCCUGGGACGGAAAAACGACAACGGGGUCCUAGAACGUGACAUCAACUGGUGGGUAGGCAAUCCGACCGUUACAGAAAUUGAAAUCGAAAAGCAAGUGUCAGAGGCCAAGUCAAUUAAUCCUAUCAAAGACAGCAGGACAACAAGCUUUCAACCACGGGACUCAAUUUCAAUCAGUAAUUACCGUUCAAAAGCUUUGAGUCGUGACCAGACAACUACCACGCACGUGCCAUACACCUAUGACAGCUCGAAACACGAGAAUGUCAAGAUAGUGAUCGGCUAUACAGAGCCUGCUGCUACGAGCAAGCCUGCUACAAACGAGCCUCAGAAGCUCUAUGUCCAGUAUUCCACUGCCGCUACCACCACCAUUGCGUUGCAGCAUCUAUUUACACACUUCAUAUGGACGAUCGUCGAUCGUCUACCAAAGGAUUUCCUGGGCCAAGGUUCCGUCGAUAUUGAUAAAUCUGUCAGUGUUCAGCCACCGAUAAAGGUCGAUCCAUCAUCGAGCAAGUCUGGAAUUGAACGAAAACUGAACCAUGAAAAGCUCACCAAAUUUGUCCUUCAUGCUGAAAAAGAAGGACUUGGAACAUUUGACGAUAUUCUUCACUGUCUUAUACCCGUGUUCAGUAUCAAAGACCGUUUGCCCAAUGACGCAACCUUGCAGUUUGACCUACCCAAGCUCACUGAGCGAAAAGAUUGGUUAAGGGCAGCAUCCGGAUUUUCCGGGCUUCUUAGGUCAAUACCAAAAAGCUCCAGCUAUAGUUUGGAAGAUUCCCUCACUCUAACAACUGUAGUCCGUGCACUGGAUCACGUCUGCAUCAUGGAACUGGACGAAAAGUAUACUCGACGGGAAAAGUAUACUCGACGCGAAAUGCCUUCCACCGCGAACACAGAGUUGAAACAACCACAAGUGGAUGAAAUUGAGGAUUCAAUUACAAAGUCCAACAGUCCGAAAACAAAUACCAAGACUAAGGGGCGGAGACCAGCUAAAGAUUUACGAAACUUCAUUGCUGAGGCUUUUCCAGAAGCUAUCAAGAAACUGUGGUUAUUCUAUGAGCUUCAAGGACGCGCAGAAUUCUUUUCCGAUCUCGAAGAGAGCUGUGAGGAGAAGAUAUCAGAGAAGAUGUGGUCACUACAGCCCGACAACCAAGAACAGGAAGCUUUCAUGGGACACAUCAGAUUCACCAACUUGCACCGAAAGAUGCUUGAUGCAGAGGAUCUCGAUCUAGGUGGAUUGCAAGGUAUUUCAGGAUCGCAAUUAGAGACGAGAGACAUUUUUGGUUGGACGGCUCUUCACUAUGCUACUGUUUGCGCUCGCUUGAACAUUGAAGGACUCAACAAGCUCAGCAGAAUUGCGCUUUCAAAUGGAAAACGCCCAAACCACUGGUGGACGGACAAUUUGGGGAGGAGCCCCAUCCAUAUAGCUUCGUUACUUGGAAACUCGCAAUUCUUGGAUACAUUUUUCCAAAACAUGUCAGACGAUGACGUGCGAUUUGCCCUUCAAUCAACCGGUCUGGAUGGAAUGACUCCCGUUCAUCUCGCUGCUGCUGGGGGACACCUAGAGUGCCUUGACGUUUUCCUCAAGCUCUCAUACUUCUUCGAUUUGGAAUUCAAAGAAGAUGCCUGGAAACGGAGUCCAGUACACCUCGCCUUUGCCCAAGGCCAAUAUCAGUGUGGCAGGGCAUUACUCCAAAUUGGAGAGCUCAAGUUCAAACCUAGCAAUCUCGAUACUCUUGGAAACUCGCUGUUAUCUUACCUUGAUGAAGAGGAACCUGAGCAACGAGAUAUUGGACAUUCGUUACUGAGAAAAUAUUCUGAGAAAUUCACAGAAAAGGACAAGGAAGGGAAAACUGUUUGGCACCAUGCGGUCAGGUUUCUGAGCCAUGAUUGGCGUGUUCUAUGCGAGGACGAGUUACUGAACACCCUGAUACAAAAGCAUAAAUCUACGAUCAACUUGAUUGAUAGAAACCAGGAAACUCCUCUUCACCUAGCGGUACACCAACAAAAUGGUCAUUUGGUCGAAAGACUUCUUUUUCUGGGGGCCGGUCUGUCUACCAAUAAAGACAAAUCUCGAUCUCCUUUGAUGCUUGCUUGCUGUGUCGGACGACCUGAAAUGGUAGAGGUCAUGCUGGACAAGCACAGUGGAGCUGCCAAAGAUCAAGAUGGGCAGGGCAAGUUUGCAUUACAUCAGGUGGUCGAGUCCGAAGAUUGUGGCAAUGACGUUCGCCUCGAUAUCAUCACUAAGCUUGUUCGAGCCAUGAGAGGUGCCGAAAUGAAAACCAUUGAUGUUAAAGACAAUGAUGGGCGCACCCCAUUACACAUUGCGACAGAGAAGGCCGAUAGCUCGGUAGUCUCUACACUCCUCGACUUGGAUGCAGACCCCAGUAUCAAAGACAAGGAUGGCGCAAAUUCAUUACACGUGGCAGUGAGAUCUUGGCCUAGCGAGAGAGAGCGUACCAAAGUGAUGCUCGAGAUCGUCCGUAAAUUUCUCAUGAAGGCACCUGGCUGCUUGGACAUGUCAGAUGACCUGGAUUUUACACCGUUGACCCUUGCCUGCAUGUCCGGUACGCCACUGGACUUCAUUACUCUAGUAGUUGAGUUAUCGAAUCAGAAAGGGUCGAAUAUCAAUCUUAACCAAUCAGAUGUUAGCUUCGGUCGAUCUCCUCUUGCUUGGGCUUGUGGAAACGGCCACAAGGACGUUGUCGAGAUAUUGUUAAAGUCUGCGACGGUGGACGUCAAUCAGAUCUCGACUAAAUUUCUUUUCUGCACGCCACUACACAUUGCCUUGAUGGACAACAAUCACGAGAUUGUCGAAAUGUUGGUUCGCAACCCAAAGCGACGUGCAGAUAUCAAUAUAGUAACCCGCGACUGCCCUAAUCUUCUGGAGUUUGCUUGUCGAGAAUCUGAUGAAGACUGUAUCAAAUCACUGCUCUUACACCCUGAAGCAAGAUCUCCAAAGUUUCUGAUCUCUGUCUGGAAGCGGGCUAUCCAACAACCCUCAAAUAGAGAAAAGAUGCCCUGGUUAGUACAUGAUUGGGAAGAUGCGAUCCUCGACCGCAAAAACAAUGUGCCGUUUCCAUUUCACGAACUCGCCGAGGUCGGGCAUUUGGAGAGGUUUAAAUUACUCCUACAGGAUAAAGAACUUCACCACGAGUGUGACGCGUAUGGCUGGACGCCUGCCGACGUUGCCAGUCGGUAUGGUCACGUUGAACUAGCGGAAUUGCUUCGUCAAAAUGAUCCUGCGAGAGACAUGAGCGACGACCGUUAUGCUAAACCGUCAACAUUUUUUAGCCUUUUCCAAGGGCCGGAACUUCAAUUAUCAAAGUGCCCUUCUCAUCAUCAGUCCAUAAAACUACCACAGAAUCAGACCCUUCCUAAGCAAUUCUGCUAUCUUCGCACAAAAGAAGCCAUUCCGCCAAACUUGAAAUACUUCUACUUUGAAGUCAAGAUCCUUUAUCCAUUGCAAAAUAGAGAGAUCGUUGUAGGCUUCUGCCAGUCAGACGUUCCCGAGAACCAGGUUCCUGGGUGGCAUGACGGUUCCUUUGCAUACCAUGGAGACGAUGGGAGUUUCCAUGUAGGCGGUGAUCGUGACACUCCACAGAGCAAGGAUAGAUUUGAUCAAGGCGACGUAGUAGGCUGUGGCUUGAACUUUGACACAGGGCAAGGCUAUCGCACCAAAAAUGGUGUCCUUCUCGGUUCCAUUUAUCAGUUCAAGGACAAGAAAUUCUCAACCGGGAGAUUCUAUCCUUGUAUUGGUGCAAGGACCACUGGUAAAGGGGAUGAGUUCAAAAUCCAGACUACAAUAUGUUCUUCGCCAGAGCACCCAUUUCACUACAAAGGACCAUAUGACGGGCUCUUACUGAGAACUGAAUGGGACGAUGAAAGUAUGUCUGCGAAUAGUUCCAAACAAAAUUCUGACACGGAUUCCGAUUACGAGACCGAGUAA